AUGGACAUCCCGCCUACCCUCAAAGACGAAGCCGGGCAGCCACGACAGCGAGUGAGAGAGCUACUACCAGAUCUGCACUUGGGCUUCCACCCACCUGGACCGUUGAACGCCAUCACCGAUGUUCCCGGCGUGCUUGUGAGCGCUCUCGAGAUCUUCGAAGAUGACGAUGGCAGAAUUGUUGCUGAGGUGACUGGGCGCCGUGACGGACUGGGCAGGCGACGGCAGAUCGGCAAGACGUCGGAUGUCAACACAGGAGUAACCGUCAUUCUCCCCCGCCCAAACCCAGCCUGGUUCACCACCGCCUGCUACUCCUCCAUCUUCUCCUUCAACGGCUCCGGCGAGCUCACCGGCAGCCACUGGAUCAAAGAGACCGGCCUGCUCAACAGCCCCAUCGUUCUCACCAAUUCCUUCUCCGUGGGCGCCGCAUAUUCCGGCAUCUACGAGUUCGCGAUUCGGGGGUCGUUGCGCAGUCAGGGUCGUGGACUGAAGGGGGACAUGUUACAGGGUGGUGCGAAAGAUGGGAUGGCGCUUGGCGACUACUUCCUUUUGCCGGUCGUGGGCGAGACGUACGAUGGGUUCUUGAAUGAUAUUGGGCGGAUGGUGGUGAAGCCGGAGCAUGUACUCAACGCGAUUGAGCUUGCUGCUGCCGGAGGCAAUAGUCCCACUGGUGGCGCAGAUGCACCAAUCCCAGAUCGCACACCCAACAAUUCCCAGCUACCACCAUCCCGACCCGUCCACGAAGGCUCCACCGGCGGCGGCACAGGCAUGCUCACAAUGGGCUUCAAAGGCGGCACAGGCACCUCCUCGCGCAUCGUCCCCGGAAUUCUCCACGGCGAACCCACACAAUGGACAGUCGGCUGCCUCGUGCAAUCCAACUUCGGCAAGCUAGAGGACCUCCAUUUCGGCAGCGUGCCCGUAGGACGAGAGUGGAAGCGCGAUUUCGCCGGCACGGAAUGGCGGGAUGGAUGCAUCUUCGCUGGCACUGGCUCUGGCGGAACGGCCAGUGAUGUCAGCGCUAGCAAAAUGGCAGGGGAUGGAGGGAAGAAUGCUGCACAAGAAGGGUUCACCGCAACCAACCCGACAACGCCACCCGACGGCAGCAUCAUAGUCAUCCUCAGCACCAACGCCCCGCUCAACCCAACCCAGCUUCAACGCCUCGCCAAACGCGCCACCGUUGGCCUGUCGCGGGUCGGCGGCUUCGGCGCAAACUCCUCUGGCGACAUCUUCCUUGCCUUCUCAACUGCGCCGGGCCCGCAACGCGAGCCGGAGGCGAUGCCUGGGUACAGUACGUGGGAGGCGCGGCGUGCUGCAAGGGUCGAGGAGCAGGUUGGUGUUGAUGGAGGCUUUGUGCAGGAUACGACGAUCAACGGGCUGUUUGAGGCGGCGGCGGAGGCGGUGAUGGAGGCGGUGUUGAAUGCGAUGUGUAUGGCGGAAGGAGUGGUGGGCGUAGAGGGGAACCGGGCGAGUGGAAUUCCGUUGGGGUGGGUCAAGAAGGUGGUUGAAGAGCGGUACGGUGGUGGUCGAUAG